ACAAGUGGUAAGGUACAGUGGUAAUUGGUUAAACUUUAUCCAUUAUUUCGCUCCUUCUUACGAGCAUCGGUGGUAUUCGGUAUAAGUUGGUAGGUUGGUAAAGGUAAAUUCAUAUACUGGUAUAAGUUGGUAGGUAUUGGUUUACGUCUCCUGGUUCAAGGUAUGGCCCCAUCCGGUAGAAAUAAAACGACGCAAAACAAUGACAGCGAUCCUUCGGAACAAAAUGGUACCCAAACGCAAGAUACCAAUCAAAACGUUCAAGAGACUGGCGUUCGAAAACUGGUUUCGCUUCGACGUCAUCACGAAAUGGAGAUCAAUACUUUGAUCGACAUGCUCGAAAACAACAUCUACGAGGAAGAAGAUGAUCUUGAACUCAUCAAUGAAACGUUCACUGAAUUGUCUCAAUUCCAACAAAAACUUGAUACCCUGAACGAUCAAAUGUUACAGGCUGGUUCUGAACACGAUUUUGAAGAACAUUCUCACUGGACAGUACAGUUGAAACAGAAAAUCCGAGUAUUUUCAAUGAAAGUGAAAAAAUAUUUGAAAAAACAAGUAUCAAAUCCUGCUACUUCUACAAUUCCAAAUAACAGCGCUCAAGAAAAUGCUACUUCAAUUUUCUCACAGGAAACCGCAACCUCCAUGCCGACUGCAAACAUAAUGGAUAUACCAAACAACAACCUUAUAACCAUGAGCAACAAUACUCAAGGCAAUGCAAGAACAGCUGCCGCUGACGACAACCUUUCGGCGCCAUUUCAAGGCGACCAAUCAUUUUCAAAUCCAUUUGCUAGUGAUGUUCCUAACCACAGCUCACAACAAGCUAGUGCUGCAAACCCUCCUAACAACAACAAUCGAGCUUUGGCAACUAAUUCAAGCGACACUUCUACUACAUUCAGUCGAUCAGUGCCAAAACUGAAGCCUACAAUUUUCAAUGGCAAUCCCAACUAUUGGUUGCACUGGUAUGGUGUAUUCGUAUCAUCGAUUCAUAAUUCUAAUAUGUCUCCAACUGAAAAGAUGAUCCAUCUUCAAUCAUUGGUAACUGGUCCAGCUAAACUAAUGAUAGCUGGUUAUGGUGCAAACGGCGACACAUACGAACUAGCACUACAACGUCUUCGUGAAAACUUUGGCAAUACCAAUAGAAUUGUCAACUCUUUUUUGCAACGUCUUGCAAAUUUCAAACCUCCAAAUCUGGCUCAACCAGAAUCAUACAUGCAGUUUUCUGCUUUUCUCCUAACUUUAGUGGACACUUUUGAGCAACUUGGUUUUGUUCACGAUAUUUGUUCUACAACAAACUUGAACACUGCUCUGGCAAAGCUUCCCGACCCUGUGAGAUUAGAAUGGAAUCGCUUCGUCAUCGACAAAGACUACGAUCAACCCUCCUUGAGACAUCUAGCACAAUGGUUUCAACGGUACGCACAGGCGUGUCGCGACAUGCCUCCGACAGGUUUCCGAAACCAAAACAAUAACAAUUUUAACAAUUCUUCUGGAAACGCUAAACACCCUAGUGGUUCCCGUUUCAAUGGUUUUACUACAAAUGGUGUAGGAAAUCAAAAUCAGCGCUUUAACCAUCAGGGAGAUCAACAAAACUCUCGUGCUCAGAAUAAUGUAAACUCGAAUGCUUGUCCUAGUGGAGACACCUGUGGACCUCUCUACAAAUGCGAGCACUUCAAAGCUUUAGACCCUAAGCAACGAAAAGAGCAUGCCCGAAAAAUGCACUUAUGCUUUAACUGUCUAGGGAAUCAUAGGUUUACUGACUGCAAUUCGAAAUCGCUCUGUCGAACCGAUAAUUGUGGUAAAAAACACCACACUCUACUCCACGAUCCUUCUGAUACUUAUGGAAAAAACCCUAGUAAAGCUGCAGUGAAUCGCGCAAUAGCUUGUCAGAGAUCAGAUAGUGGUAGCUGCGUAACUCUACUACUGGACUCAGUGGCAACUCAACUAGGCUUGGACGUCAACAAGAAGCACUCACUUCCCAUAUCUGGAUAUCAUGAGACCAAGUCAGUUCAAGUUACAUCUGUGGAUGUACAAAUUAGACCAUACAAAAGCACAUCGACUCCAAUGACGCUCGAUGACGUACUCACGGUAGAUGAAAAUAAUUUGGCCCCAGUUGAUAUUUUUCAACUAAACGCAAUGUGCAACAAUUUUCCACAUUUAAAGCAUGUUAAAUACCCGGACUUAAACGACAAUAGCAUAUCGCUAGUCAUCGGAAACAACAAUCCAGAAUAUCAUGAGAUCAAAAAUACCGUUUAUGGCCCCAAGAAUGUUCCCUGGGCUAUCGAAACCCUUUUGGGAUGGACAUGCACAGGUCGGAACAAAACGCAAUAUAAUUCCGUUCCAUCUGUUCCGGUGAACUUCACACAAGUUCAUUCACACAAUAACUUAGAUGAAAAAUUAUACCAGAGAGUUCUCAACUGGAUGAAAAUAGAAAACACAGGCAUCGCUUCUUUAAAACGCUCGCACUCCAAAUCGGAUAAAAGAGCAAUCGAUAUUCUCGAAAACUCUUGUACUUUAGUAGAUGGUCACUAUCAAAUUGACCUUCUUUGGAAAGAGGAUACUGAUCUUCCAAAUAACCGUUGGCUAGCUGAAAAGCAACUCAACAGCCUCGAAUUUCGCCUUAAAAGUAAACCUGAUUUAAGGGAGAAAUACCGCGCAACAGUCAUCACUGACUUAGAAAAAGGCUUUGUCACCAAAAUAGAUGCAAAACACGACACUGCAAUCAAAUCUUGGUAUUUGCCGCAUCAUCCAGUGACAAAUGUCAACAAACCAGACAAAGUUAGACGAGUCUCAAAUGCUUCCAGCAUUUUUCAGGGUAAAUCCCUCAACUCGAGUUUGCUCAAAGGGCCCGAUCUUUUGUGCAACUUAACAGGUCUCAUAAUUCGCUUUCGACAAAAUAAAAUAGCAAUAUCUGCUGACAUAGAUGCUAUGUUUAUGCAAGUGCUAGUCAGCCCAAAGGAUAGACCUUUUCUAAGAUACCUUUGGAAAGAAAAUGGUAAAUUAGAAACUCACGAAUAUACACGACACAUUUUCGGUGCCACAGACUCACCAUGCGUGGCUUGCUACGCAGUACGACGAUGUGCAUCAGACAGUAAAAACGACUUUCCUCUGGCUUCUGAAAUCAUUCAACGGAAUAUCUACAUGGAUGAUUUGUAUGUCACUUCGUCAACGGUAGAAGAAGCCCUCCAACAAAUGACACAACUACGAGGAUCUUUAUCUCGAGUCAGCCCUAAUGAUCCAACGCCUAAACAUCAACGAGUUCUCGGUGUUCACUGGAAUACCAACACUGACUGCUACUUCAUCGAUAACAAAAAGUUUGUAAAAAUUCUACGUAUUGGCAUUGCUACGCAACGGAAACUCCUGAAGUAUACCGCUUCUUUAUUUGACCCACUCGGAAUAGUGGCUCCAUUGACAAUUCGGAUUCGAAAAGUUCUCCAAUCUGUUUGGUCACAAGGUGUUAAGUGGGAUACUCCAUUAGACACGGAUAAACUUCCCGAUUUCAAACUUUGGGUAGACGAAAUGGAAAAUUUCGAAACUGUUUCAUUCCAAAGGAACUUCUUUGAUAAAGAAAACCCUGCUUCAAUCCAGCUUCACACGUUUUGUGAUGCAUCAGAAUUCGCUCUCGCUGCUGUUUGCUACCUAAGAAUAGUCUACAGCGACGGCUCCACAUCUUUGAAGUUUAUAAUAGGAAAGACAAGAGUCGCUCCUAUGAAACGUGUUACAAUUCCCAAUCUCGAGUUGCAAGCUGCAGUAUAUGCUGCCCAACUAUCGCUCUUUGUUUCAGAGGAAAUUGACCUCAAAGUUGAAAAAACUUAUUUCUGGUCUGACAGUACUACUGUUUUGUAUUGGCUGCGAACACCUGAAAUACGACACAAAAUUUUCGUCGCUAAUCGGCUUCAGAAAAUUUUAGACGUUUCUAAACCUGAACAGUGGUUUCACGUUCCAACUCUGCUAAAUCCUGCUGACGACGGUACCAGAGGAUACAUUGCUUUAGAAAUGACCUCAAGCUGUCGGUGGCUACUAGGACCGGAAUUUCUGUUGAACGAUUCUUCUCAAUGGCCUUCACAGGAAAACAUUCGGCUUGAGAACAUUCCUGUAUUCGUUACUUCAUUAGAGGCUAAAUUUGAGCCUAUAUUUGACAUCAAACGCUUCAGCAACUGGAAAAGACUAAUACGGACAGUUGCAUACUGCUUCUUAUUCGCAGAAAAUCUCAAACGGAAGAUCAACAAACAGUCGAAGGUCGAUCUUCAACUCUUGCAUCUAACGAAAUCGCACUUUCUCAUAAUUAAAACUGCCCAAAGGACAGAUUUUGUCUCUGAAAUUUCAGACAUCAAAAAAGAAAAACCAAUUGAAGGCAAAAGUAGACUUCGAACAUUAGCACCGUUUGUGGACAACUUCGGUAUCCUGCGUUCUCGUGGACGUCUCACGCGUGCCCCUAUCAUGCUAUCAGCUAGAUAUCCAAUCAUUCUCGCUGGUGAAAACCCCAAUGUUCGCCUGCUGUUAGCUAACAUCCAUGUUCUACAUUCCCACUGCGGAAAGGAACAAGCAAUGGCCAUAGCACAGGAAAACUACUGGAUUCUUCGCUGCCACGUCAUGCUGAAAAGUAUCAUACACAGUUGUAUACCCUGCAGAAGAAUGCAACAACAAGUCGACUACCCUCAGAUGUCAGAUCUUCCAAUUGAUCGACUGCCAUCAAAAAAUCAUUUUCCUUUUGCAACGACUGGAUUGGACUACGUUGGACCUUUUCCCAUCAUCCUUCAAGGAAAACAAUACCAAGCGUAUAUUUUACUGUUCACAUGCUUAGUGAUCAGAGCUGUGCAUCUUGAAAUCUCAUUAGGACUAUCGACAGACAGCACUCUUCUUUGUAUCAGACGCUUUUUUGCCCGGCGAGGAAAACCAUCGAAAAUGGUUUCUGAUUGUGGGACAAGUUUUGUGGGCUCCAAUUCUGAGCUGAAGAAAUGUCUAGACAACUUGGAAAAGAACAAAGAAUUUGUGGAAAGCAUCAAUCAGCUGGACGUAUCACUCGAAUGGAAAUUCAACCCUCCUGCGGCCCCUCAUUUUGGUGGUUCUUGGGAACGACUAGUUCAGAUAUUUAAACUUUCCCUGUACAAAGUCAUCGGAUCAAGAACACUCUCCUAUGAAACACUGGCUACUUUCACGACCGAAAUUGAAUCAACCAUGAAUUCACGACCUUUAACCAAUGUGUCUGACGACAUCAAAGAUGAUCUGCCUCUCACUCCCAACCAUUUCCUUCUUGGUCGUGGAACUCCAAAUUUACCGCCUGGUAUCUUCAAGGACAAGGAUUUAUCUCUGUCAAAAUCAUGGAAAGCAUCCCAACUACUCGCAGAUCACUUCUGGAAUCGCUUUCUUCGAGAGUACUUACCAGGUCAGCAGAAACGAUCAAAGUGGACUUCUGCGACUUCCAAUUUGCAACCCGACGACAUGGUCUGGAUGUUGGAGGAUUUUACACCUCGUGGACUGUGGCCUCUUGCUAAAGUGGUGGAAACCUUUCCUGGACAAGAUGGAAUAGUCAGCUCAGUGAAGCUGAAAACGCCAACUGGAUUCAAAGUUCGACCUGUGGUCAAAUUGAGCCGCGUUUUCCCAGUUUCGCAGUAA